AUGGCGCAACCACGCCGCGAGAAAGCGGACUACAAAUCUCGCGAUACUGGACCGACACAGUAUGAUUCCGAGCGCAAAAGCCUCCUCGACCUCCCACCUGAGCCAUGGAGCAAGAUCGGUCACUUGGUCAUCUCAAACAGGAAGAUCCACAACACAUCGGCCGUGAUCCUCAAGCAUCGCAUCGCAUCGAAACACCACGGCAGCAGCGCGUACGCCACUACAGGCCUCCCAUCACGCGCGUCUGCCGAGUUGCUGCGCGAGGAGCUGCUGCCACUGUGGUUCAAGACGAAGGUCCAUAUAGUCAUACGUCUCUCCAGUUCUGCAUCGGAGAUCAGUUUGAUCGGACAGUGGCUUCGCGCGGUCUCUGCCGAGAGUCGUAAGUUGAUCUAUCCAGCUGCCGCUUCAACAUGGGGCACGAGGGGACCGACAGAGCUGCGAAAUCUGCUCGGGGUGGAGACACGUUUCGUGCAGGUGCCAGACAGCGGCGCAGGCGUGGGACAAUACCGGAUUGAAUUCGUGUGA